AUGGUUGGAAGAAGCUUAGUACCGGAUGCAACUACGGAUGAAGCUGUUUUAUACCUAACUACUGUGAAGAAAGCAUUUCAUGAUGAACCUGAAAAAUAUUACCAGUUUCUCAAGAUAAUGCAUGAUCUUAGUGCUCGAAGAGUCGGCCCAGCUACUGUCAUUGCAAGGAUGGAGAAACUCUUGAAAGAUCACUUGGAUCUGCUUCUUGGUUUCAAUGCUUUCCUUCCAGCUGAAUUUCAGAUAACCAUCCCACCCGAGGUUAACAACGAGUUCGGCCAGUUUCGAAAUGUAUCACCGGAGGCAACUAUGGAUGAUGCGACUUCAUACCUCACUGCUGUGAAGGAAGCAUUAUAUGACGAACCUGCAAAAUAUGCCGAAAUUAUUAAGCUCUUGAAUGAUCUUAGAGCUCGUAGAGUCGAUACCGCUAGUGUUAUUGCAAGGGUGGACGAACUCCUGAAAGAUCACCAGAAUCUGCUGCUUGGUUUCAGUGUCUUUCUUUCAUCUAAAACGAAUUUUAUCAGGAAGCUUAAGGCAAGGUUUCAGGGCGAUGGUAGUCUUGUAGUUAACUCAGUUCUCCAGAUAUUGAGAAUGUACAGAGAGGGAAACAAGUCCAAAGAUGAUGCGUAUCAAGAGGUCUUUGCACUUCUUCAGGGUCAUGAGGAUUUAGUCAUGGAGUUUUCAGAGAUUUUCAGUGGACUCACCUAUCCAUCAAGGUCAACCUCUACUAGAGUCUAG